AUGGCAGAAAACACAAGUCCAGAGCCUAUCACUGUGACUUGUGAGGUUUGUUCAGAGUAUUACACUGAGCCCCUCAUGCUUCCCUGUCUUCACUCAUUCUGUAAGAAGUGUCUAAUAAAAGCUAAAGAGAAGCAAUGUAGUGCUGAUGCCUCAUUGAAGUGUCCAACGUGUGACACUAGCAAGAUUGUUAGUAAAGAAGCAAUAUCGUGCGAUAAAUGUAGCGUUGAUGAUUCCAGUGAUGCAGCUGUUGUGUAUUGCUGUGAUUGUGGCCAGUUUCUGUGUGAUCUUUGCAAGAAAGUUCAUAAGCGAAGCAAGAAAGAAGCCAACCAUGAGCUGGUUGAUCUAGGCAUAAAAGAAUCUUUCGAAUUGCCUGUUAUCAAGCACAAUGAAAAAUGCUGCCCACGACACCCAAGAGAAGAGCUACUGUAUUAUUGCAAAGAUUGCGAAAAAUUAGUUUGUCGUAAUUGCCUCCCUAUUAAGCAUAAAGAUCAUGAUUGCGUUGAGCACAUUGAUGAAGGUGAAGCAGCACGUAAAGCAUUAAAGGAAAGUGUUGCUAGUUGUGAUGGAGUCAUUCCUCUAGUCACUGAAGCUAUUGCUAAUGGAGAGAAGAUGCUAGAGCAGAUAGCAACACAUAAAGAAGAAGUAAGCAAGGAAAUCAAGGAAACAUUUGAAGAGCUUAAAGCUGUUUUAGAUAAGAGAUGCAAUAAUCUACUAAUGGAGACAGAAGAGAUUGCUAGUGCUAAGAUGAAUUCUAUCAAGAAGCAGUUGGAUGGGUUUUGUAAACUGGUAAAACAUGUUUCUCAUGGUCGUCAUUUUGCAUCAUCAGUAAGUGAGCGUACUGAUCCAGGUGAAGUUCUCAGUGUUAAGAAGCUAAUCACCAAUCAACUAGAGGAAUGCAUUGAAGAGUGUAAGAAACUACCUCUAGAAAUAGAAGACAAAGGAGCCAUUUUAACAUGUCUAGAUACACCUACUUUAAGUAAAGAAAUCAAUGAGUUUGGAAGUGUCUCUGAGGUAGAUAUAGCUGCAUACUCCAUUGAUAGUGGGUUAGCUAUUCCAUUGGCAACAGUAAAGAAAGAAAGGAAAUUCAAAGUGGCUCUACCAGCAGGCAUUGAUAAAGCAGCAAGCUAUUUGAAGCCUUCAUUUAUCAAAAGUGAUGGUAGUAAAGAGGAGGGUAGAGUUGUUAUAGUUAAUGAUAACAACACAGCCAUUGUAUCAUGCACACCUCAAAGUAUUGGUGGAUAUGAACUAUCAGUGACUAUAAGAGGUCACCAUAUUAAAGGUAGUCCUUAUCAACUGUCAGUAAAAGCAUCGAGAGACUAUACCACACUAACUAACCAGAGAUCCUUUAAUGUGGGGAAUAAUACUUAUGGUGUUGCUGUUCAUACUAAUGGUGAAGUAUUUGCUAGUAGCAUGGGUGGGUUUGUUCAGGUAUUUAGUGAGGAUGGUACAGCAGUAAGAAGGAUUGGAUCUAAAGGUAAUGGUGAUGGAGAGUUUGGAUGUCCUUGGGGUUUAUUGCUGGUAGGAGACAGGCUCUAUGUGUCUGAUAAUAAUCUUAGUUGUGUGCAGUAUUUUUCAGCUACUACUGGUCAGUAUAUUGAUCAGUUUGGUAGUUAUGGUAACAAAAAUAGAGAAUUUUCUCGUCCUCUUGGUAUGUCUACUGAUGGUAAAGGUAAUAUAUUCGUAGCUGAUUUCAACAACAAAAGAGUACAAGUGUUUAAAGAAAAUAGUACAUUUGUACAACCCAUACAAUGUGAUGGUACUGCAUCUGAUGUAGCAGUUGAUAAUGAAGGAAAGAUACACUUUACCAUUAGUGAUCAAAAUCAUGUUCAAGUCUUCUCUCCUGAUGGUAAAACUCAUCUUGAUACAUACAAUGAUCCAGCUGGUAACUUUAAUUAUCCUGAUGGUAUUGCUAUUGAUGAUGAAGGAUAUAUCUUUGUAUCAACUAACAAUGGCUAUAUUCAUGUAUUGAGUCCUGACAGGAAACAAGUCAAAUUAAUCUCAGGAUUAUCUGCUCCAUGGGGUGGAGCACUGGAUAAGGAUGGAUAUAUCUAUGUAGCCGAAUAUAACAACAGUCGUAUAGUAAAAUAUUAAAGUAGUCGUUUAAUAACACUGAAUAAACACUUACACUAGAAAAAUAAUCUUACAAUUUUUAGCAUGAAAUGAACUCUUGUCACUCCCUAUCUCUUUUCCCUUCAAUCUCUUAUACACACUCUCUCUCCUCUCUACUUUAAGUUAUUAUUAGAUUCAAAAAUUUUGAAAAUACAGGAAAAUUAGAGAAAAUCACAAUAAUUUAUCAUCAUGAUUACACUAUUACAUACACAUGUUUCUAGUGUACACUAUAAUACAUUAUACAUAUGUUUUAUACAUCAUAGUUAGAUCACUAGAUGAAUCAGCACCUGAUGAUAAACUGGGUCUACUCUCUCUUCCAUUUCUAUUUGAAUUUAAACUAGUUG